CACAGAUAUAAAGGCUGGAGGUGGCCAGGGCAGAAGGUAGCACACACCGUCUGCGGAUCCCUGUUUACUCAAAUAGCCUCCCAGGGCUCCUCACACCUCCCUCCAGUUCUCUUGGUCUACUUAAGCGAAACCUUGUUCGAAGACACGUUCGGGUAUCCCAGACAGUAAGGCAGAGAUUCGCCAAGACCUGCUUAACAACGCCAGUCCACGUCAAGCCAAGCCCAGUCAUUAUGGAUAUUGCCAUCCAGCACCCCUGGUUCCGACGUGCCCUGGGCUAUCCAUCCCGCCUCUUUGACCAGUUCUUCGGGGAGGGCCUGUUUGACUAUGACCUCUUCCCCUACGCCACCUCCACCGUCAGCCCUUAUUAUCGGUACUCGCUCUUCCGCAACUUCCUGGAUUCCUCCAACUCGGGCAUGUCUGAGGUGAGGUCUGACAGAGACAAGUUCAUGGUCUACCUGGAUGUGAAGCACUUCUCCCCCGAGGAACUCAAUGUAAAGGUGGCAGAAGACUACGUGGAGAUCCAAGGCAAGCAUGGGGAGAGACAGGAUGACCAUGGCUACAUCUCCCGCGAGUUCCACCGCCGCUACCGCCUGCCCUCCAACGUGGACCAGUCGGCCAUCACCUGCACCCUGUCGGCCGAUGGUCUGCUCACCAUCUGUGGGCCCAAGUCAGGCGGCUCAGAGAGCGGCCGUGGAGACCGCAGCAUUCCUGUCACCCGUGACGACAAGACUAACUCUACCCCCUCCUCUUAGGCCGCCUCAUAUAAUAGUUGGCAGGAAAGGGGGAGUGAGUGGGGGCUUAGCGGGGGCCUUGGCUUCAAGCAAGGGCGGGCACCUCACCAGUAGGUUUGGCGGUUAGGCUAAUAAAGAUCCAACCCCCUCACAUUUACUAAACUUAGCCCUCUCCCGACUUUGCCCCUAUAAGGUAUCCAUGUAUAUCUAGCCUAAUACCCUCUUCUAGAUCCUAGCUAAACACAAACUAUGAUUGUUGAUUAUUAUACUAAUGUGAGGAACAGAUAAAGAGGAAGGGCUGAAAUGGGUCUGAAAGUUGCAAAGCAACCAGUUAGUUGAAAGGUUCCCUAAAUCUAAACCCCUUACCUUCUGGACCCCUUCUUCUCAAGAGUUGAAGUUUCAACUAAAUAAACUGUUGCUAAAAAGUCAUUUUCACAGCUUUUAAAACAGAUUUUCAUCAAUCUAUUUGCCUGUUCUUGGCAAAUAAGGGUAUGAUGUUGCCCGCAACUGAGAGAGUAUAUCAAAAAAAAAGUGGAUAGAGGGUUUAGGGGUUUGGUUUAGGUUGCAUUCGCUUUGUUCUGCUCAAGAGGGGUUUGAUCUGCAAGAGUCUUCAUAACUGGGAUCAUCCAGCCACAUGGCUAGUCUUCCUCACCUGUCCACUUUCUUCUUGCCUUAUCUCUUAUGUUUCACUGAUUUUUUUCUCCCUGUCCUGUAGCCUCUAGUUCUACUUAUAACUUAUAGCAGCCUCUUUCCUGAGGGGUCUACUAAAACACAUGAUCACAAUAAAGUUGUAUCAUUAACCAA